UUGUCUGCAGCCUGAAUGAGCACUGUUAGACAGACACACAGGUGAUCUGCAGAUAUAAAGAGCGUCUGGCAGCGGGUGGGACAGAGCAGGGGAGAAUUGGCGGAGACAAGUUACGUGUCCUGUAAGAGCAGAGGAACCACAGUCCGUCUGGAACUUAACAGUAUCCUGCACCAAAAAACCAGCUACUUAACUCUGCAGCGACAUGAGAGAGUGCAUCUCUAUCCAUGUGGGCCAGGCAGGUGUCCAGACAGGAAAUGCCUGCUGGGAGCUCUUCUGCCUCGAGCACGGCGUCGGCCCCGAUGGCGUCUUCCUCGACAGCCCCGCAGAACCAAACUCUCGUGAAGACCCGUUCAACACUUUCUUCAACACUGGGAGCUCUGGGCGUCACGUUCCAAGAGCGAUAUAUGUGGACCUGGAGCCCACAGUGGUUGAUGAAGUAAGGGUUGGAAAGUACAAAGAGCUUUUCCAUCCUGAGCAACUGAUCUCUGGAAAAGAGGACGCAGCCAACAACUACGCACGUGGCCAUUACACUGUUGGGAAGGAAAUCAUUGAUGGAGUCAUGGAGCGUGUUCGUAAGAUGACGGACCAGUGCACGGGCCUGCAGGGGUUCCUCGUCUUCCACAGCUUUGGAGGUGGAACCGGCUCCGGCUUCACCUCCCUGCUGAUGGAGCGUCUGUCCGUCGACUACGGCAAGAAGUCCAAGCUGGAGUUUGCCGUGUACCCGGCUCCCCACGUGUCGACCGCUGUGGUGGAGCCCUACAACGCCAUCCUGACCACCCACACCACCCUGGAGCACUCCGACUGCGCCUUCAUGGUGGACAACGAGGCCAUCUACGACAUCUGCCGUCGCAACAUGGACAUCGAGAGUCCCGGUUACAUAAACCUCAACAGAUUGAUCGGUCAGAUUGUUUCCUCAAUCACGGCCUCCCUUCGCUUCGAUGGCGCCCUCAAUGUCGAUCUGAUGGAGUUCCAGACCAACCUGGUCCCAUUUCCACGUAUCCACUUCCCUCUGGUCACCUACUCACCCAUCAUCUCUGCUGAGAAGGCCUACCACGAGCAGCUGACUGUGUCCGAGAUCACGGGCGCCUGCUUUGAGCCGACCAAUCAGAUGGUCAAGUGCGACCCUCGUCACGGCAAGUACAUGGCGUGCUGCAUGCUGUACCGCGGCGACGUCGUCCCUAAGGAUGUGAACGCCGCCAUUGCAAGUAUAAAGACCAGACGCUCGAUUCAGUUUGUCGACUGGUGCCCGACUGGCUUCAAGGUUGGCAUCAACUACCAACCGCCAACUGCAGUUCCCGGUGGUGACUUGGCCAAAGUCCAGAGGGCCGUGUGCAUGCUGAGCAACACCACCGCCAUCGCCGAGGCCUGGUCUCGUCUUGACCACAAGUUCGACCUCAUGUACGCUAAGCGCGCGUUCGUCCACUGGUAUGUGGGCGAGGGCAUGGAGGAGGGCGAGUUUGCGGAGGCCAGAGAGGACCUGGCGUCUCUUGAAAAGGAUUACGAAGAGUUGGGUCGAAUGAGCCCCGAUUCUGAAGAUGACGACGAAUACUGAAUGUCGUGAUCUCGGCUGCACGGCAGUGAUUCUAUCCUGUACUGAGUCAAUAAUGAUUUAAUAUCUGUACCGCGUAACUUCUGAGCUUUUGAUGAUUUCUCUCGCUGUUUUUAUAAAGUCAACUUUAGAUUCAGAAGAAUUGUUGUAUUUGAAUUGUGCUGUGGAAUAAAGUUUGUCUUGCAGGGUGUAACGGUGGUGUAAGACGACACCAAGUAACCGCCGCGUCCCCGUUUCAAAUACAGGUCACUUCCUCUUCCUCUCAGUCUCCCCCAAAACAGAAACAUUGUGGUUAAAUAAUCUGUAUCUUCUUGACUAACAACGGUACCGUCUCUUCGUCCAGUGAACGCUACACACUUACUGAUUUAGAAACUCACUUCCUCAGAGAAGAGAGGUGACAGAAACUAUAAUUAAUGAUGUUUUAUUUAGAUAAAAUAAUGUGCAUUACUCUCACAUUGUAAUACAUGCUGGGGUUUUUGUAAGAAUACUGUAUAUAGUAACACUGUAAGAAAUACAAACACUUCAUAUUAGUUUAGUUUUGGUUUAUUUGAAAGAUCCAGUGUUUAACAUUUAAGAGGAUUUAUUGGAUUUAUAAAAUAGGUAUGUUUUCAUUAGUGUAUAAUCACAUGAAUAUAUCAAUUGUUAUAUUUUUGUCACCUUAGAAUGAGACGUUUUUAUCUACGGUUGCUGCAGGUCGCCUUCCGUUGAGUCCGCCAUGUUGAACCGCCAUGUAUCUACAGUAGCCCAAACAGACAAACUAAACACUAGCUAUAGAUCGGUCUGUUCAUGUUUUUCUCACAUAUGUCGGGCACCUUAGUUUCUCCCUUGUGCUUGGAAACAGUGUAAAUCCUUACACACUGGAGCUUUAAAUAACUGUUUGGAACCAAAGAGGUCAAAUUAGAAAACAAAACAAAACAACAAAUCCAAGAAAAAAUUCCAUCCAAGAUCCAAAAAAUAAAAAAACGUGUGCAGCAGAACUUUGUUUUUUCUGUCCUGCCCCACUAAUAAUCUCACAGGGGUCUUAAGAUGAUCAUGGGGCAGGAUUUAGAACCAGUGGACCAAAACAAGGUUUAUAAAACUAGCUCCACUUUCAACCAGCUACAACAGUAAAAAGCCUCUUUACACACUGAUGCAUCAGUAUUAACAAUCUGAUAAAUAAAACAGUCACAGGUACUUUUACUUUGAUUCUUUAAUUUACAUUUCACUGAUAAAACUUGUGUAACUUUUGUUGUAUUUGGUGCUUUUUACUUAAAUAAAUGAUCUGAACAGUU